CUCCUGUGCAUCAAGACCACUGACUGAGGAUGCACAAGUCUUACAAGAAGACCUCAACAAACUACAGGAAUGAAAAAAGAAAUGGUUAAUGGAAUUUAACCCUGACAAGAGUGAAGUAUUCCAAAUCUCAAACAAGCGGAAGGACAUCAAUGACGAUUACACCAUCCAUGGCAAACAGCUACAGCAAACCAAACAGUCAAAAUACCUUGGGGCUGUUCUAACUGACACUCUAUCUUGGAAUGCGCACAUCAACAUGAUCACCAAAAAGGCCAAGAGCACCACAGCCUUUCUCAGUCGCAACCUCUCAUCUUGUAUUAAGUCCACAAAAGAGACCUGCUACAAAACAUACAUUCGAUCCCAGGUUGAAUAUGCUGCCACGUACUGUAUAGGAGCCCCCCACACAGGCCAGCAUCACCAAAGUUGAAGCAGUGCAAUGCAGAGCUGCCAGAUUCGUUCUAACUAGGGAAUUACUCAUGUAGAAGCAGCGUCAACACAAUGCUCAACACUCUUGGCUGGGAGAGUCUCCAGCAGCGAAGGAAAGAGGCCAAAGCAGUGAUGUUUUACAAGAUAGUCCGCAACCUCAUCGCCACACCAAGAUGAAGUUGCAUGUUUCAACCACAGGGAGUGUCAAUGAGAGGCCACUCAAUGAGAUACAGUACAGCAGUACUGAAGGAGUCUUCCCUACCACCAUUGUCCUAUGGAACCAGCUCCCACAGAGCCUCGUCGCAGUACCCACAUUGGAAGCCUUCAAGGACGGGAUCGCGGCUGCCAUGUAACAUCACCACUACAGUAAUCGUUUUUAUCCUGCUUUUAAUUUGGCACUUGGGACCCUCCCUCACUUGUGUACAUAUAGUCACCACAUUGCGACAGUGUCAGUGAGUUGGUCCUGCAUUGAUAGUGGGAGAAGAAGAAGUUACGUGUCCAGGACGGCUUCUGUUCCUUGCCUCAGAUGUAAUGUGUGGUUCAAAAAUGUCAAGGAAGAACUUUACAAGAGUGAUCACAAGGUUUUCAAAACUGGGUUUUGCAGUAAAGAUGAAACUUACAGGUUUUAAGAUAGAAGGGAUCAACAAUAGUGGUGUUAUAUGGUUCUUCAGUGUACAGGGACUGUUCCAUGUUGCCUUUGAUCUAGGAAAUAUGGCCUUCCAGAGAGACUGCCUGUUAGAACUUCAGGAAGUGUGGUUGAAGCGUUAUGAUGACCCUCUUCUACCAGCAGAUGGCAUUCUUAGAUUCAACAAACGUCUUAAGGUUGUACCGGAGGAUUGUAUACUCUCUGAUGUUAGCUGUCCGCAAAACAUACAGCAAGAAAUUGAAGCUAGAAAGCCUGUGGGUAGGGCUUGCACCAGUAAAUGUAUUGUUCUCUCAAAUGAAAAAAGCAUACAUGCUAAAGUAUAUGUCGACUACAGGGGAAAUAUCGUCAGUACAGAAAGUGUUUGUAACUGUGUCAGUUCUUGUGAAUGUUGUCCAGAGUAUGCGAUGGAAGAAACCGUUUCGUGUGAAAACAGUUGUGCUGUUGAUGAGACAGAUGCUGCAGCAUGCUCAGAUCCGACUGCAAACAACAUGGAGUGCAAUCCUUCAUACACAGAUAAUGACAGACAAAGUUAUGAAUACCUAGGUACAAGAAAAUUUAGAGAAAAACUGAUACAGUUCAUUCAGACAACAUUUAUAGAAGAAGUCUCUAACCCGGUUGUGCGGCAGAUAAUGCUGGUGCUUGAGUACUUGAACUAUUUUGCAAAAUUAGAGAAAACCGAUGCAUUUGAAAACUUUGGAUGCAUUUUAUUUAAAAUAAUGGAGGAGUUUUUGGUGUUAGUUGGGGUUGACGAUGGAAUGCCCAAUGUUUUCAAGAACACAUUUGGAAUAUCUCGAGAAAAGUUCAUCCUGCUGUAUCAGAUCAGUGACUGGCUAGGCCAGGAAUAUCACAAACUGGAGGAAUUGAUAAAGGAAAAAGUUGAAACAUUUAAAAGAGACAAUAUUACUUGUAUUGAUACACUGCCAUCCGCAGAAACAAUAACUGACACCUUAUUUCCAUCAUUUAUGAAAACCUUCGUAACAAACUGGCUUGGAUUUCACAAUGAAAACCAUAUUUUACAUGGCAAGUCAGAGUUAAAUGUAAUGUCAGACCAUUGCUAUACUCAACCACCAAAGAAUGACAUACCAGGAAAUAUAAAUUAUCAGUUGGUACAGUUGAUACUAGAGUUUGGGUCAAACUGUCUCAUAUCUGGGAUAGGUCAUGUUGUGUUCUCACGGUUACAGAUUGAGAAUAGAUCAGAUGUUUGAUACUACGCAUUUUAUAUUAAUUAAAUUGGAAUCUCAAUAAACCUGCAUUUUUGCCUUGA